AAGGAAUUUCUGAGAUUGGCUCAAAGCUUCCAUGUAAUUUUCGAGGAGCGUUGUAAGUUGUAUCGCUUCUCUGAUGAUACAAGGGAGUGGAAAGAGCGUGGAACAGGCUCGAUGAAAGUGCUUGAAAACACCAACACUAAGAAGUGUCGUGUUGUGAUGCGCAGGGACCAGGUUGGUAGCGUAUCUGACACAAUAGUCUUCAAAGUGUGCGCGAACCAUCAGUUACUGCCGGGCAUGACGAUUCAAGUAAUGCCGCGUCAAGAAAAAGCUAUGAUGUGGUAUUGUGAAGAUUUCUCCGAGGACCAAAAGUCCCAUGAAAAACUCUCAGCUCGAUUCGCAAGUGUGGAAGUGGCUAAUAAGUUCAAGGAAGUUUUCGAGAAAGCAGUAAAAAAUGCUGAAGGUGGUGAGUCGUCUCCAGUGAAACCGACGAAGAAGAAAAAAGCGGAGGACAAAGAGAAAAGCUCUGAUAGUAAUGAAUCGGUUCCGCAGAAAGGCUACGGAGACCAGUUCAAGCUGCAGCCUGGACAGUGCGUUUAUUUCCACCGCUAUUGUGAUAUUUCAGAAAGAGGCAUUGGAAACGGUCUAGGUGUAUUGAUAAAGAUAAGGACGAGAAAGAAGCAGCGACACAACCUAAAACUGAGCAAAAGGUACAGUAAAUCAAUGAUCAUUACAAACAAAGUGUUUGGCAGUGGAUUUGGUGGUAACUUGUCAUUUGCUAGCCUCGCGAAAUCGGCUUCAGGAUCUAUUUUUGAUUCAGCCCAUACACAGAAGGCUCAGGCUGAAUUUGCAGCUCAAGCAAAGAGCAAGGCUCAUAGCAAGCACAAAGAAGGAGGAGAAGGAGACGGAGAACACGGUGCUGAUGAAGAAUACGAACCUGAUGUACAGUUCGCUCCGGUAGUUCCUCUACCAGAUCUUGUUGAUGUUGUGACCGGUGAAGAAGGGGAAGAGGUUUGUUGUGUGUUAAGCCCAUUCAUUCGAUUUUCUCAUGAAGUCCGUGAAAUGUUGGGAGACUUAAUACUACGAAAUCCUAAAACUAAUAAAUAUCGUGUGGUGAUGCGCCGUGAACAAGUUCACAAGGUCUGUGCAAAUUUCGCCAUUGCGCCUAAAACUGAAUUGAAUGAAAAGAAAGGAAUGCCGAACGUCUACAAUUGGGUCUGUCGCGAUUAUUCGGAAUCACCGGAUGGGGUGGACGAGAUUUUCACAGCAAAGUUCAAAACAGCCGAAAUUGCAAAGGAGUUCCACGACAAGUUUAUGGAAGCUGUGGCGGCGGUGGUUAGCUCUAUCGAUUUUAAGCAUUAA